AUGAGUGAAAAAGUUCAGUUUAUUGAUAUCCUUGCUCCCAUAAAUACACAAUUUGGAAUUGUUAAAUUUAUGACUCGGCCAUGGAAUCCAAAACCAACUUUAAUCAUGGAUAGUUAUUACACUCCAGAAGAAUUAAAAAAAAUUGUAGUACGUUCAACGUACAUAGAUUCCUUUAUCGAAGCGGAGAGUAUCAGGAGCGGGGUACGUAAAGAGGAGUUGGUAAAGAAGGUAAAGGCGCACCUUGAAGAAAUGGGCUUAGACAAGAAGAUGCAUUUAACUAGAUGGCUGGGAAUUGUGUCGCUGAAGAUUGCUUUUAUGAUGAAAAUAGGGAUCUUUGUCAAUGAACCAGCAAUUUUAAAGUUCAAAGAGCAAAUGGGAAAGAAUCCGGUGUUGUUUCUACCGACACAUCGCAGCUACGCAGACUUCUGCGUGUUGACCUUCAUGUGCUACUACUAUGACAUUGAACUACCAGCUGUUGCCGCCGGCAUCGAUUUCUCCUCCAUGGCGAUAGUCGGACAGCGAAUGCGAGAAACGGGAGCCUUUUUCAUCCGACGGUCUAUCGUAGGCGACCCCCUUUACGCAGCGACACUCAAGCAGUACGUACGAACGCUCGUGGCGAAGCAUUGCGCACCGAUCGAGUUCUUCGUUGAGGGCACUAGAAGCAGGAGUAACAAGAGCAUGAUGCCAAAGUAUGGUAUACUGUCGAUGAGCCUGGUACCGUACUUCACGGGCGAGGUUCCCGACAUAACGAUCGUGCCCGUCAACUUAAGUUACGACCGUAUCGUGGAGCAGACCUUAUUCGCGUACGAACACAUCGGUGUGCCCAAGCCUAAGGAAACAACUGGGGGCCUUCUCAAAGCUCUACGAAGUUUAAACGAUCAUUUCGGAUAUAUUUACGUAAAUAUCGGAACAGAAAUAUCACUUAAAGAGUAUUUAGGAAAUCAAAACUUUGUAACGAGCGAUUCGUCGAAGCCCGUAAGCCUGCAGCAAUUGACACCUGAACAGCAAUCACAAGUCCAAGAUGUUGCGCACGAAGUUGUAUCUUUGCAGCAAAACAUCGUUGUGGCAACCAUAUCAAAUUUACUAGCAUUAGUGUUGAUGGAUUGUUUAGUCAGAAGUGAAGCGCUAGAUCUUGAUCGCUUUUUGGAAGAACUAGAAUGGAUGGUAGGAGUACUAAAUGGGCUAGGGGCAUCUGUGUACGAGAGCGAUGUUAAGAAGAGUCUACAAAGGAUCUUGGUGGUACAUCACCAAAUGGUGUCAAUGGACAGAGAAAGGCGGUUGCGGCUUGUGGCUGGCGACUUAAUGGAGGUUUCUAAUGAAGUCAAGGCGAAAAUGAAAGGUCAUAUUCUAAGUGCAGAGACAAUGGCAUAUGCAAUACCCAUUAUACAACUACAAAUGUAUAUAAACCCAGUAUUACACCACAUAGUGCCGCCUGCGCUUGUUUAUGUUAUCGUUAAAAGAGGGAUCAUUAUUAGGGAGAAACUGGCCACUGAUUACCAUUUGUUAAGAAAAUUGUUAAAGCAUGAAUUUUUUCACAUCGAUCGGACUGAAAAAGAUAUAUUUAAUAAUGCCAUUGAGUACUGCAUACGGAACAAUAUAAUUGUUGAAAACGAAAACGCGUUGACAGUUGGCGACGCGGAGAAGUUGCAGUUUUUGUUGAAAUGGUCCGUGUAUCCAGCUCUCACAACGUUGAUGGUGUGUCAAGAUGUCAUGAUUGAGAAAGAGAGAUGUGAAAACAAACAAUUACUGAAGCUGAUCCAACAGCGAGUGGAAGCAAGCGGUCUCCAUCCAUACUGCCUCAGCCUAGAAGCAACGGCUAAUUGCUUGCAAGGGCUAGUGCUUGCUGGCGCACUUAUACGACACAAAAAGGAAAAGGAAAUGCUAUUUGAAGUUGUACCAGCUACAAUGAAUAAUUGCCGUCAACUGGUCAGCUCCGUGCUGCCCGCUAUGAACGUUCAGUUUGGCCGAGACAAUGCAGUUUUCAUGUUUAACGUAAGGGUCUCGUCUAGGUUAUAA